AGUACUACUUGGCUACAUCCACGCACUGGUGAACCUGUUAACUCUGGGCACAUGAUACGGUCAGAUUUGCCAAGAGGAUGGGAAGAGGGCUUCACGGACGAAGGAGCUAGCUACUUCAUCAACCACAACCUGAGGGCUACAUCAUUUCGGCACCCUGUCACAGGACAGAUAUCCCCUGAAAACACAGAAUACACACUUCAAGACAGGAUAGAAGCCCGUAUGUCCAAGUCAGCGGCCAAUCAGAGAUCCUCGGGCAUGGUCACAGACGCCUCCAAGGCUGUGACCCCAGCAGCAGUGGAGGCCAGCUCAGUGUCAAAGGGCUCCAGAGGAUUGGGAAAAGUACACAGUUUUGGCAAGAGGGAUCAUGCUAUCAAAAGAAAUCUCAACAUCCCAGUGGUGGUGAGAGGUUGGCUCUAUAAACAGGACAGCUCUGGAAUGCGACUGUGGAAAAGGAAGUGGUUUGUUUUGUCAGACUACUGCUUGUUCUACUACAAAGACAGCCGAGAGGAGACUGUGCUCGGUAGCAUCCCUCUGCCCAGUUAUGUCAUUGCACCAGUUGAAGCUGAUGAUCACAUAAACCGAAAAUACGCGUUCAAGGCGAGCCAUACAGGAAUGCGCUCCUACAUUUACAAUAAGAACUCUGUGAUUGGCUCACAGGCAGAACACUGCGGGAUGCGGACAUAUUUCUUCAGUGCGGACACACAGGAGGACAUGAAUGGCUGGAUCCGGGCCAUGAACCAGGCUGCGCUGAUGCAGCAGAGUCACACUGUAAAGAGAGAGUUGGAGAAUCCAAAGAAGGCUGUGCAGCAGGCUGUCCCACAGACCAACCACGUCCACAUCAACCAGAAAUCAUCUCAGUCAGAGUGCCGUCGCAGGACAGAACCGGACAUUGGGAUCCACCUGGCUCAUGGAGACGAGGUGAGGUAUGGAUUACAGAUUCAAGGCAGGCCCAGCCAGUUGGCCGCAGAGGAAAGAGCAGAGAGACUCUCUCCAGACUCUGACGAUGGUGCCGCCCACAAGAACGGACAGCAAACUGUAAUCGAAGUGACUCUGCCACCAGAACAGAAUGGAAAUAUUGUCUAUCAGAGGGGAUUUGUGUCGCGCGGAGUCCCUGAGAAACAUGUGCAGAGAAAGAAUACGCUGGCUCAGGUGCAGCAGUGGGUCAAAGUUCACAAAGGGGACCCACCAAAGAGUGCUCCUUCUGCUGAAUACCAACUCCCUCGGCGGACUCCUCCAUUAAAGCCCAAAGCCAGCACAGUGGAUGCCUCCCAUCAGUCGUUGCCAAAGUCUCCCCGUCUCCCGUCAGGCAGCAACUCUCCUCCAGCAACAUGCAACCUGCCCAGCGACUAUAAGUACGCCCAUGACCGGCUUAGCCACUUCCGCAUGUCCACCGAUGAGCGCACGGCCACUAAGGAGGGGAUGGUGUGGCAGCUGUACGAGUGGCAGCAGCGGCAGCAGUUCCGUCAUGGCAGCCCCACGGCCCCUAUCUACACCGGCCCUAACUUUACAGACUCUUCAUCUUUCAGAGUUACGGUGGAGAUGCCACGUUCCCUCUCUGUCCCACCAUCCCCUUGUGAAGUCCCACCGUCAAUCCCCUCCUUCAAACCCCUGUCCCCUCGCAGGCCACACACUCCUUCAGACAGACGCACAGUCAGGCCCCUGGACGAAGUGGCCCCCGGGGACAGCACAGGAUCCAGCUCCCCCGGCCAUAUCUGUCUUUCUCAGACUUCCCAAAUAGAGAGAAGGUCCAUGCCAGGCAUGGGCUACAUCACGCACACUGUCAGUGCACCCAGCUUACAUGGCAAAACGGCUGAUGAUACUUACAUACAACUGAAGAAGGACCUGGAGUAUCUAGAUCUGAAGGUUACUGGACGUGAGAGUUUUAAAACAGAAAGACCAUCAAGGCCUGUGAAAAUAGCAGAAAGUGAUGCUGAUGUAAAAUUAAGUCGACUGUGUGAACAAGACAAGAUUCUUCAGGAGCUCGAGGCCAGGAUACGCACUUUGAAGGAUGACAAGGACAAGUUGGAGUCUGUGCUGGAUGUUUCCCACCAGCAGAUGGAGCAGUACAGAGAUCAGCCGGCACACGCUGAGAAGAUUGCCUAUCAGCAGAGAUUACUACAAGAGGAUGUUGUUCACAUCAGGGCUGAAAUAUCUCAAGUCUCCACAGAGAUGGAGAACGCGUGGAAUGAGUACAGCCGGCUAGAGAGGGACGUGGACUGGCUGCAGUCGGCGCUGCAGGGACAGAUGAGCCGCAGCGACCUCUCUCAGCAAGAGAAAGUCCAGAUCAGGAAAGAGCUGUGGAGGAUUGAGGAUGUUAUCGCAGGCCUCAGCACCAGUAAAGCCAACUACAAAGUCACUAUCUCCUCUGUUACCAACCCAGAGAGGAAGUUUGUGCCUUCAGUGUCGGCGUCAUCAGUGCCUUCUGUGUCUGGGAGCCCGUCUGCUAUGGAGAUGCGGUUGUCCCAGCAGCCACAGCACAGCCCCCACCUCAGCCCCAGCACCCCCACCCUGUCCUCCAGCCCCAGCCAGCAACACUGGGUGGACGCAACCAUCACCAGUGGGCUGAAAUGGGGUGAGGAUGAUGUGCCACCCAGACCUCCUCUACCUCAGCUCUAUAGUCCUGAUGAGCAUCCCCCUGCUGUGCCCCCGUUGCCCCGGGAGACAACAGUCAUCCGGCAUACUUCUGUACGCGGCCUCAAACGACAGUCAGAUGAACGCAAAAGGGACAGAGAGAUUGGCCAGUUCACUAAUGGAGACGGCAAGGUGGAACUAAGACCUUUCCUGAGCGAUCCAGAGCUUAUGGGAGCUGGAGACGGCUCAAGCCACAUCAGUGUAGCAGCAUCAGGACAUGAGGGUUACCAGACAUUACCUAGCAGAGGAGUGGCGGGUUCCUCGCUGAGGCUGAAUCAGUCCUCCAACAUCUCCUCAUAUGUGACCAUCCGAAGAUCCACCUCAGCUGCAGGGGUGAAGGAGAGACCAAAAAGUGCCUUGGAGCGUCUGUACUCCGGGGAGCCGGCGCAGCAGCAGCAGCAGCAGCAGCAGCAGCAGAGGGGGAAGAUGAGUGCUGAUGAGCAGCUGGAGAGGAUGAAGAGGCACCAGAAGGCCCUCGUCCGCCAGCGCAAACGCACCCUGAGCCACGGAGACCGCCACGCCUCUCCAUCCUCGCGCACACCGCCUGCACCCUCGCGCCCACUUUCUGCAGACUUGGGAUCAUGGAAGAGAGAGCAGGACUUUGACCUGCAGCUGCUUGAGAGGGCUGUUCAGGGGGAGGAGGCCCAGGCAGUGAGGAGCGUUCAGGGGGAGGAGAGACCUCCCGAGCACAAGGAGAGACCCCGCUCGCACUCUGACGAAUGGCUGACCCUGCGCUCUACGGCCACGACUCCUCCUGCCCAUGAGGUCGACCUGGAACCACUAGACUAUGACCUGGACCUUAACAAAGAGCUUUCCAAGCCUCAGAAAGUGUUGAUCCCGGAGCGCUAUGUGGAUUCAGAGCCUGAGGAGCCUCUCAGUCCGCAGGAGGUGGAGGAUCGUUAUCGUAAGGUGGAGCGCAUCAAGAGCAUCUUGGCAAAAUCCAGUGUGCACAACCUGGCACCUGCAGUGACCGUGGACAAGCCAGGGGUCGGGCUGGUGGCUCUGGACUCAGCGCUGCAGGAGCAGGAGAGGAUCAUCACCAUGUCCUACGCUCUGGCAUCGGAGGCUUCGCUCAAGAGCAAACUAGUCACAGUUCCACCACUGGCUAACAUCCCCACCUAUCCUCCUCCUCCUCCUCCUCCUCCCCCUCCCCCUCCUCCUCCUCCUCCUCCACCUCCACCUCCACCUCCUCCUCCACCUCCUCCCCUUCCUCCUGCUCCUCCUCUUCCUCCUUUCCACCCUGCUCCUUAUGUUCCUCCUGCUCCUUCGGUUUCUCCUUGUCCCUCUGUGUCUCUGGCGCCUCCCUCUCCUCUAAGCAACGGAAUUCACUACACGUUUGUCUAACCCAAGAAAUAAACUCAAGCCAUUUCUGGACACUGAGGUGCUAUUCCAAAAUGACAACAAACACCUGGGAUCUACAAGAAAAGAGGAUUUGGGGAAUUUUACACCGUUCCAUAGAGCAGUACAAGAACGUUACUAAACCUUUAUCCUGCUCUCUGAGGCUCACGAAGCAUUGACUCGUUAAAGAUUUUCUAAUUUCUGAAAACGAUGGAAAAUGGAAGACUUUGCAAUGGGCGCUGAUGUGCUUAUUAACUAUGGGAGAGUCUAACCAAUGUUAAUCUCACGAUAACAUUUUCUACAUUUGAUUGCACUUUGAAUUGUUCACUGUAUCAUGUUUUCAAGGUAUGACUGAAUCGCUUUUGUCUGCAGUGUGAUCUCAACUGGGAACCUGUUUUUGUUUGUUUGUUUUUGUCAGGUACAGAAUGUUAAGAACAAAAGGUACGAAAUGCGUCAUGAUGGUAGUAUUUUUGUUAAAGCUCAGAUAAUAUUCUUACAACAAACCACUUGAAAUAUCAUAUGUAUGUACCUGUAGCACUGCCAGUCUCCUUUUAGCUUGCCAAAAUGAAUUUUAUUUUUGCUUACAUCAGAAGAAAAAUAACCUUUAACAUAUUUUCUGUGUGACUGGGAAAGGUUGCAAAUGGAAAUUUAUAAAAAUGUAAAUAUUAAAGAUAUUAACACAAUA